CAGCUGACAUCAGCGGGUCCCUCCUCCAGACACCCUGGAGCCCCAGGAGCUUUCGCCGCUUUCGCAUCCAACACUCCGUCAACCUCGCUCCGUCUCCACCACAUCCGAGGUCUGCCGACCGCCGUGUUAUAUUACCUUUGUACAUCUCCCUGUAAAGCUUCUGAACCUCCAUUCUUCUGUUUCCCAUCUCUCUGCCCCGUCCCUCAUCUCAUACCGCGAACCCUCGACCGACACCGGCGCAUUCCUCUUUCAUCCGCAGCUACCAAACCACUGAAGAGUCGACAUCAUGGGUGCUAUGGACCGAAUUACUCAAAUUGGCGGCCAGAUCUCUGGUAACCCGACCGCUGGCGGCCGCGACAAGAUCCUGGAGAAGCGCCCAGAUGACAUCGUCGUCACUGCUUGCUGCCGAAGCGCCUUCACCAAGGGAGGCAAGGGCGGUUUCAAGGAUACCCACGCCUCCGACCUCAUGGCUGGUAUCCUCAAGGCCAUCAUCGACCGCUCCAAGAUCAACCCUGCCCUCGUCGAGGAUGUUUGCGUCGGCACCGUGCUGGCUGCCGGUGGUGGCGCAACCGAGAUGCGCGCCGCUGCUCUGGUUGCCGGCUUCCCCGAGUCCACUGCUGUGCGAACACUCAACCGACAGUGCUCUUCAGGACUACAAGCCACUGUCGACGUGGCAAACCAGAUCAAGACUGGCAUGAUCGAAAUUGGUAUCGGUGCUGGUGUCGAGAGCAUGAGUCUGUCAUAUGGACCCAAUGCCGUGAGCGAGUUCUCUGAGCUGCUCGAGAACCACACCGAGGCCGCCAACUGCAAGGUCCCCAUGGGUGUUCUGUCGGAGAAGAUGGCCAAGGAUCUCAACGUCUCCCGAGCCGAUCAGGACGCCUUCGCUGCUGCGUCUUAUCAGAAGGCCUUGAAGGCCCAGAAGGAGGGUCUCUUUGACCAGGAGAUUGUCCCCCUCACUGUCAAGUUUGAGGACCCCAAGUCCGGCGAGACCAAGGAAAUCACCGUUUCCAAGGAUGACGGCGUUCGCCCUGGCAUCACCGUCGAGUCCCUAGGAAAGAUCCGUCCCGCUUUCGCCAAAGACGGCACCAUCCAUGCUGGCAACGCCAGCCAGAUCUCCGAUGGCGCCGCUGCUGUUCUCCUCAUGAAGCGCUCCACCGCCGAGAAGCUCGGACAGACCAUUAUCGGCAAGUAUGUCUGCGCCUCUAUUGUGGGAGUCAAGCCCCUCCUCAUGGGACAGGGCCCCUGGAAGGCCAUCCCCAAGGCCCUCGACCUCGCUGGCAUCUCCAAGGAGGAUGUGGAUAUCUUCGAGAUCAACGAGGCCUUUGCCAGCCAGUGCUUGUGGUGCGCCAACGAGUUGGGUAUUCCUCAAGAAAAGAUCAACCCCAAGGGCGGCGCCAUUGCCUUUGGUCACCCGCUGGGCUGCACUGGUGCUCGACAGGUUUCCACCCUUCUGUAUGAGCUGAAGCGAACUGGCAAGAAGGUUGGCAGCACCUCCAUGUGCAUAGGCACUGGUAUGGGUAUGGCUGCUGUUUGGGUUGCGGAGUAAGGAAAUCAUGAUAGCAUGGAUGAUAAAUUGUACCAUUAGAAUGUCGCCGAAUGUCAUGUGUUUCGAGGU